GAGCGGAAGUGAGUGCUGGAGCCGUCCGCCAUUGUGUGCGCGGGUGCGAGAGCCGGCGGAGCAACCGACACGUAGCUGAGAGGCCGAGCCGGCGGGAGGGGGGCAUCGAGCUGAACCGAGGUGACCGAGCAACGGCGAGCGGAGCCCGGGAACUAGUACCGACAGACGCAGCGCCGCCGCCUCCUGGGAAGUGACCGUCACUCGGGCCGCCGCCGCCAGGGUUCAAGCUGAGAAAAAGGCGGUGAGAGAGAGAGAGACAGAGACACACACACACACACACGGAGACCGAGAGAGAGAGAGAGCGCUCGAGCCCGUCUCUUUAAUGAAGAAUGUCCGCUACCAGCGUGGAUCAGUUCAAAACGGUUCGAUGCAUCAGAAGGACGCAGUGAAUGAUGACGAUUUUGAACCUUAUCUAAGCAGUCAGACAAAUCAGAAUAACAGCUACCCACCAAUGUCAGACCCAUAUAUGCCCAGUUACUAUGCUCCUUCGAUUGGAUUUCCAUAUUCACUUGGUGAGGCCCCCUGGUCAACUGGGGGUGACCCUCCAAUGCCAUACUUGACUGCAUAUGGACAAAUGAGCAAUGGUGAGCAUCACUUUAUACCAGAUGGUGUAUUUAGUCAACCUGGGGCCUUGGGGAGCACCCCACCAUUUUUGAAUCAGCAUGGAUUUAAUUUUUUUCCUGGAAAUGCAGACUUUUCUACUUGGGGGGCAAGUGGAUCUCAGGGACAGUCAACACAAAGUUCUGCAUAUAGCAGCAGCUAUGGCUACCCACCCAGUUCUCUUGGUAGAGCGAUAGCUGAUGGACAAGCUGGAUUUGGCAAUGAUACUUUGAGCAAGGUGCCUGGUAUAAAUAGCAUUGAGCAAGGUAUGCCCGGACUAAAAAUUGGAGGAGAUAUGACAACAGCUGUUACUAAAACAGUGGGCUCUGCUCUUAGUGGUACCGGUAUCUCCAGUGGCAUUGUUGCAAAUAACAUACCAGCAACAAAUAAUUCAGCACCUAAACCAACAUCAUGGGCUGCUAUUGCUAGGAAGCCCGCAAAGCCUCAGCCGAAACUAAAGCCUAAGACUAGUGUGGGAAUAGGUGGAGCCGCAGUACCACCACCGCCUAUAAAACACAACAUGAAUAUUGGCACUUGGGAAGACAAGGGAACUGUGGCCAAAGCCCCACCUACACAGCAUGUAAUGCCUCCUCAAACUGUUGUCCAACAUCAACUUGUCCAACAUCAACUUGUCCAACAGCAGCUUGUCCAACAGCAACUGGUCCAACAGCAACUUGUCCAGCAGCCGAUCACAAUUCAGACUCAUCCACCUCAGCAACAGCUGCAGCAGCAGCAAGGGCCUCAGCAACAACAACAGUCCCAAGUUCAGUCACAGCCCCAAAACCGCUGGGUGGCUCCUCGUAACAGGGCAACAGGUUUUGCUCAGAACAGUGGGACGAAUAGUGAGAGCUUUGGUUUGGGUAUGGCAACGUUGAGCUCUUCACCAUCAGGAAUAGAUGUACACCCUGUGUUGGAAAAACUGAAAGGCAUGCACAACUACAACCCCAAAGAUUUUGAUUGGAGUCUAAAGACUGGGCGAGUAUUUAUAAUUAAAAGCUACUCUGAGGAUGAUAUACAUCGUUCUAUCAAGUACUCUAUCUGGUGUAGUACUGAGCAUGGUAAUAAACGCUUGGAUGCUGCUUUCCGUUCCCUGAAUGGUAAAGGGCCGCUCUAUUUACUUUUUAGUGUAAAUGGAAGUGGACAUUUUUGUGGAGUGGCUGAGAUGAAGUCAGCGGUGGACUACAAUGCUUAUGCUGGAGUCUGGUCGCAGGACAAGUGGAAGGGCAAAUUUGAGGUUAAGUGGAUCUUUGUGAAAGAUGUACCGAAUAACCAACUGCGACAUAUUCGAUUGGAAAAUAAUGAUAACAAGCCGGUUACCAACUCGAGGGACACACAAGAAGUGCCCCUGGAGAAAGCCAAGCAAGUGCUUAAAAUAAUUGCUACUUACAAGCAUACCACCUCAAUCUUUGAUGAUUUUGCACAUUAUGAAAAGCGUCAAGAGGAGGAGGAAGCCAUACGUAGGGAGCGGAACCGAAGCAAAUAACUGUAGAGCUGCUCUUCUAGAACUACAACACUAAUGAUACAGACCUUGGAAAUGCCUGGUAUAUCCAAGGAACAAUGGUUAUUGGAACUUUUCUGCUCGAGGCAUCCUCUUGUGAACACUCUUGAACUUUUGAGAUUGGCUUUCCUUGUUGGUUCUCAUUGCUGUGUUUGCCCUUAUACUCUUGUCUCACAAAACACACUUGAGCGCUGUUAACUUUGUCAAGCACUUUCUACCUUCCUAAAGCUUUUAUCAAUAACUGAUGUCUUUCUAAAUUCAACCUCUUAGUUGAAAUCCAGAAGAUUGAGUGAAUGUGAGAAACCAUUUUAACUUUUUGGGAUUUGUUUAAUACUAACAAUUAACAAGUGUAGUUGGGUCAAUAUGAGGUUUCACAUUGCUUUGCUCUUCAGCCUAUAUUUUUGUGUUGUAGGAUUUAUUUUUAAUUUGUUAAUUUUAGCUCAACAAACCCAAUUUGGAUAUCAUGCCAUAUUUAGUUUUAACUAAUGAAUCCAAACAUUAUGCCUAUGUGAAAACUAUUGUAGUAAAUGAAGCAAAUUGUCAGUUAAUAUUUUGCCAAUGUGAAACCAACCAGAAGUUAUGCAAGAUUUUCUUUUCCUGAAAUGAUCUCCUGGUUUUAAAUUUUGUUUUCUUUACUAAAAAUGAUUAAUAUGCAACUCAGUGGAUAUCAUACCGCUUGAGUGGAAUGUUUAUUUUUCUUGUACUAUGGAUUAUGACAAUAGGCUCAGAAAAAUGCAUUUGUGUGUUGGAGGAGUUGCUGGUUGUUUGAUGCCACCCACCAUUGAUAAAAUUGUCUACAGUAAGUGUACCUCCACUUGAUUUGAACUUUUUAGACUUGUGUAAUGUCAUUUAAAUACUAGCUUUGAAUGUUUGCCUCUGGCAGAUUACUAUCAUGGAAGUAAAGAUUUUUCUCCUAGUUGAUUCACUAGCUUAAUAAAUACAAUACUUGUUUAGCAAGUGUUAUGGCAUCAAUUAAUUUGCAAUGUGGGUUCACACAUUUCAUGUUUCUGUAUACUCCUUUACAAGUAUGGAAACCAACCAGUCUGGGAGACCACUGAACCCAUGGGCUCCUACUUACACUACAGCUGUAUUGGAUCUGAUUGCCUUAAUUUAUAAUAACGUAUUCUCAGAAGAUACCAAUACACUAAGGAAAACAUGCAAUUGUUUUACAAGCACAAAACAUAAAUCACUGUUUCUAUUGCUGAAGAUCAUUUGACUUACUGUAAAGCACAACAUUGCAUUCUCCUAAAUUUGAGUUUGGCAAUACCAAACUCGAUUCUGGAGAUGUUGUGUGCUUAUAUCUUACAAAAUUAGGGUUCCAUGUGCCUUCCAUAUUCAGGAGUAUGGUUCCCUACUAGUUCAAAUCUGUACUGUUGUAAAACUGAGGGCUUAGCCAAUAACCCAUCUUUUUGUUUUAUUUGUUAAAAGGUAGUGCAUAUUCUGGCAUUCAUUGGAUAAAUUUAGUGUUUACAGAGUGUAAAAUAACACAUAUGAGAUCCAAGCAACCGUUCAUGUAUAAUAUAUAUUUAUAUAUAUAUAUAUCUUUCUCUUUAUAUAUACACAUAUAUAUGUGUGAAAAAUGCUGGAAAAUUGUAGUAAAAUAGAAAUGCAGAAAAUUCAGUUACUUAGCAUCUGAAUAAGAAAAAAAAGGAUAUUUUAGGUACGAGAUCUACAUCAGAUCUAAUAUGUCUAAUUUCUGUUCAGUUACUAUUUAGAGAAAGCCCUGAUUCAAGCAUAGUAAUUGACAAACUGGUCCAUCAUGUCAACUGUCAUCAACUGGUGCAUUUCUGCCCAAGACUUUUACUCGUAUAUAUGUGAAGUGUAAAGUCUAGUUUAUUUCACAGCAGUAGAUGAGCCUAUUUCUCUAUAUAGAAGUACUCUUUCACAAAUUUUUAAAUGUAAAAGACCCCUUGGUUUUCCCUUUGACAUUUGACAAACUUACUCCUUCUGUUUCCACUUGGUCAGCCCGAAUAAGAGACUGCAACAGUAUUGAAAAAUUGCACGUGAACUAAUUCCAUUCUAGUACUGUAGUUGUGUUUUAAAAAUAUUGCUUUAAUAAAAUGAGUUCAGAAGCCUCAUUCCACAUGUGCUUAGUAUCCAUUUAUCUCCAGGAUCAUGGUUUGAACUCAUACAUUUGGUGCAUAACCCCUAUAACAUUAUACCAGCACCAGUGUGGCUUAACUCUUAAGUGAUUCACAACAAAAGAACAUGCAGCUGGGAGCUUUAUCAUGACAAGGUUCCAUAUUUUUAUGAUGGUAAGGAUUUAAUUUAAAUGUUAAUCUACCGCCUUUUAACUUGUGUCUUGGAACAGUGCUUAAAUUGUGGGGUAACAAGCAAGAGAAUGUUAAGAAAAAUGGAAUUUGCAGUGAAAACUCAUGUGUACAGCAUUGUAUCUAUUGUAUUAAAAUGAAAUUAUUGCAUGAGUGAAAAAUAUGCACAAGAGUUUUUGCUUCAGAACACUAUUCCAUUUGUUAGCUGGAACUUACUGUGUGAAAGAAUGUCAAGUCCUGGGGCUUUUGUAUACCCUAGUGGGAAUCCUUCUGUUGGUGUUGUGUUGGUGUGACUCGUUUUUGUUUAGUGAAAGUAAUUUUGGAAUAGAUUUAUAAAACUGAACUUUUAUUAUUCAGGUAAUUACCCAGGAAACACAGGAAAGUUGUAACCAUAAAUUUUAAAUCUCAUAAUGUUUAGACAAAAGUAGAAUUCAGGCAAAAUCUGUCACAUCCAGUGGUUUUCUUCUGGUAUGCAACUUGAAAAUUGACCUUGUGUAGUCGUACUAAAAAUUGUUGUUUUCUCUUACAUAAAUAAAACAUAAUUUACAUGUUA